UCUCGAGGUAGCACUCUCAUGAUUUUCAACCCUCCGAGGUAAUGAAUGCAGGGGCUCCAUUGCCCACUCCACCACUCCCGCCGCCGCCUCCCAUCAAUACCCUCCUCGAAGAGUACCAGUUGAGUUGCUUUCUGGGGCGAGGCGGCUUCCCCAAAGUGUAUCGGGCCAAGUCAUUGCUGGAUGAUUCUGAGGUGCCUAUCAAAAUUAUUGACAAAACCACGAAGAUUGAUGUGGCUAUGGAGGACCAAUUUCUCCGGGAAGUCGCUGGGAUGCGCCGCCUCCAGGAUCGCCCUAACAUUCUCAAAAUCCAUGAGGUGAUGGCUUCCAAGACAAAGAUCUACCUCGUGAUGGAACUUGCAUCCGGUGGCGACCUCGAAAAGGUACUACUUAGACGCGGUGGAUCUCAAGGUGUCCGACGUUGGCCGCUGCUUUUCCCAACUCGUCUCUGCCCUCCGUUUCUGUCACCAAGUGGGAUUGCCCACCGCGAUGUGAAGCCGCAGAACCUUCUGUUAGACCAGAACGGAAAUCUCAAAGUCUCUGAUUUUGGACUUUCAGCUCUACCGGAGCAGCUUAAGAACGGAUUGCUCCACACUUCAUGCGGAACCCCUGCAUUUCCAGCUCCGGAGAUGCUAAAGCGGCGCGCCUACAGCGGUCCAAAGGCGGAUGCGUGGUCCUGCCGUGUCAUGCUAUUACCUUGCUGACCGGAUCUCUCCCGUUUGACUACAGAAAUCCCUCAAUUAUGUAUCGUCAAAUGUUCCGGAGGCAAUAUGAAUUG